AUGGCGAACGUGACACCGCGUAAUGGCAAUAAGAGAUUCUCGGGACGGCAGAGAGCUCUUUUAUCAAAUCCACCAAGCAGUCGAGCAUCAAUAAUUGCUGAAGCUAUUAAGCAUAAAUUUCAUCAUGAUUUUAACCAACGUCAAAAUACCGGUCCAAAUGCUUCAUUAUUGAAAGCGAAACUUGCUGGAUAUUCACAAGAAGAGUUAGAAGAAUAUCGUCAAGUGUUCAAUAUGUUUGAUACUGAUGGUAGCGGUGCAAUCGGUAUAGAUGAGCUGGAAAAUGCAAUGCGAAAUUUAGGUUUAGAACCACAGAAAGAUGAGCUUGAGCAAAUAAUUGAGGAAGUGGAUCAGAUGGGUAAUCAUGAAAUUGAUUUUCAUGAAUUUUGUGAUGUAAUGAAACGAAUGAGUGACAAACAAAAUAGCUGGAACGAUGUGACACGAGAAUGCUUCUCGAUUUUCGAUAGAGGUGAAGAUGGCAUAGUGUCUAAGAAAGAUUUCCAAUACAUUCUCAGAGAGUUGGGUGAUAUUCGCGACAAGGCGGUAGUUGAUGAAAUAUUUGCGGAAGCAGAUGUUGAUGGUGAUGGUGUUCUCGAUUAUGAUGAAUUUGCAUUUAUGGUACGAAAUUAUAUGAUCGAUGAAGACUUGGUUACAUGCAAAUGUAAAUAA